AGAAAGAGAGGUGGAGAGAGUGAGAGAGCAGGAAGAGAAAACUGCUGAAAAGAGGAGCACCACUCGUGGGGUUAAAACCCCGAGGAACAACUUGAGCAGGAACCGGGGCGCACAUAAUAAGCAGCAGGAGCAAGAGGAGGAAGAAGAAGCAACCAAAGCGCAAGGCCCAAGCAAAGCAAGAAGCGGUUGUAGGCUGUAGCUGGGAAGCUGUGGGCGUAUGCGGGAGAAGGGGGCGGCGACCGAGUAGAAAGCAUGCUCCUGCCCUCCCUCUCCGGCGGCGGCGGCGGCGGCGGUCGGAUCUGCCGGGGAGCGGCGGCCGGGGCGCGGAGUUAACCCUGGUCCACGAGAUCUGACGGGGCGGCUCCUGGGAUCGAGCGGUCCAGUCGCUCGGGGUGGCGUUUCUUGUCCGCAACGGCGGCGCUCCUCUGCGCAUUCCGGCUGCUUUCCGGGCCCAAAUCGCGUCUUCUCGCCGGCCUGGGAAGUCGAAACCUGGGUGCUCUGGUUGGAGCACUGGGCGCUGCUGCGGUAAUUUUCCGGGAAGCGUAACUGCGCACGGCAAAAGGGGCUCUGUGGCGUGAGUAGGCGAGGAGAAGCAGAGAAAGCGAUGGGUUUCAGGAAGGCGCUGUGAUUUGGCCGAAAAAGGAGGAAUCUUUCCUUCGUUUUCUCCUUCCUUCCGCCGCUGCGUGCACGUUCCUUUAUUGCCUCCAGAUCGGUCUCUGAUUGGCCUUUCGGGAAGUCGGGUAGAGAAGAAGGAGAUAAUGAGGCUCUCGUCGCCGGCAGGCAGCGUCCUCUCGGGUCAGGCGGCAGCGUCGCCGGAAGAUGUAGAGGAGCACAAGUGCCUCAAUUCGGAAUUGUGGCAUGCUUGUGCUGGCCCGCUUGUUUCCUUGCCGGCAGUCGGUAGCCGGGUGGUGUAUUUCCCGCAGGGUCACAGCGAGCAGGUAGCUGCAUCUACAAAUAAAGAAAUAGAGUCUCAAAUCCCCAACUAUCCUAACCUACCUCCACAGCUUAUAUGCCAACUUCACAAUGUAACCAUGAAUGCUGAUCCGGAGACGGAUGAGGUCUAUGCCCAGAUGACGUUACAGCCACUUAACCCGCAAGAGCUCAAGGAUCCGUAUCUACCUGCUGAAUUAGGUACUGCCAACAAACAGCCAACGAAUUACUUUUGCAAAACAUUAACUGCAAGUGACACAAGUACGCACGGUGGAUUCUCUGUUCCUCGGCGAGCAGCUGAGAAAGUGUUUCCUCCUCUGGAUUUCACUCUGCAACCUCCGGCGCAAGAGCUUUUUGCAAAAGAUCUUCAUGGCAAUGAGUGGAAAUUCCGUCACAUCUUCCGCGGUCAGCCAAAGCGGCAUCUUCUCACCACAGGCUGGAGUGUCUUUGUAAGCGCAAAAAGACUUGUUGCUGGAGACUCUGUCCUAUUCAUCUGGAACGACAGCAAUCAGCUUCUUCUGGGAAUUCGCCGGGCAACUCGGCCACAAACUGUCAUGCCAUCUUCAGUCCUAUCUAGCGACAGCAUGCACAUUGGUCUUCUUGCUGCAGCUGCUCAUGCUGCUUCAACAAAUAGCCGUUUUACAAUCUUUUAUAAUCCAAGAGCUAGUCCUUGUGAGUUUGUUAUACCGCUUGCUAAGUAUGUUAAAGCUGUGUAUCAUACCCGUAUAUCUGUGGGGAUGCGCUUCAGGAUGCUUUUUGAGACAGAAGAAUCAAGUGUUAGGAGAUACAUGGGGACAAUUACAGGAAUUAGUGACCUUGAUGCUGUUCGUUGGCCGAACUCGCAUUGGCGUUCUGUAAAGGUUGGCUGGGAUGAAUCAACUGCUGGGGAGAGGCAGCCAAGGGUGUCACUUUGGGAGAUUGAGCCCCUGACGACUUUCCCAAUGUAUCCAACUCCCUUUCCACUCAGACUGAAGCGUCCGUGGCCAACAGGCUUGCCUUCUCUACAUGGCGGUAAGGAUGAUGAUUUGACUUCCUCUCUCAUGUGGCUUCGCGAUGGCUCUAAUCCUGGUUUCCAGUCACUGAAUUUUGGUGGAGUUGGUAUGAGUCCCUGGAUGCAGCCAAGGCUGGAUGCGUCCUUACUUGGUCUACAACCAGACAUUUACCAGACAAUUGCGGCGACUGCUUUCCAGGACCCAACAAAAAUGUCGCCCACAAUGCUGCAGUUCCAGCAGCCGCAGAACAUGGUUGGUAGAGCUAUGCCGCUUUUGCAAAGUCAGAUUUUACAGCAAGUACAGCCUCAGUUUCAGCAGCAGCCAUACCUUCAAAAUAUUAAUGGGGCCGCGAUCCAAGGUCAGGCUCAGUCUGAGUUCCUUCAACAGCAGCUCCAACGCUGCCAGUCGUUUAAUGAGCAGAAGCCCCAGAUUCAACAUCAGCAAGAACAGCAUCAGCAGCAGCAGCAAUCACAGAGUAUGCAAGUCCCUCAGCAUCAACACAUACAACAACAGAAGAACAUUGCCAACUACCAGUCAUCAUUUUCUCAACUCUCCUCGGCUCCCCAGUCUUCACCUACCACGUUGCAAACAGUCUUGCCAUUUUCGCAGCCUCAGAGCUUUUCAGACACCAAUAUGAGUUCAUUGUCCCCAUCCAGUGCCUCCGCCAUGCAUAAUACAUUGGGUCCAUUCUCAUCAGAGGCAGCUUCACACCUAGGUAUGCCAAGACCUACUGCCGUACCUGUUCCUGACCCAUGGUCAUCAAAGCGAGUCGCAGUGGAGUCUCUUCUUACUUCCCGGCCUCAGGCUACAUCGAACAUAGAACACCUGGACUCAACACCACCUAGUAUACCUCAAAGCUCUGCAUUGGCGCCGCUUCCUGGAAGAGGGUGCUUGGUGGAUCAAGAUGGGAACUCUGAUCCUCAAAAUCAUCUUCUGUUUGGCGUUAACAUAGACUCACAGUCACUUCUAAUGCAAGGAGGCAUCCCAAGCCUCCAUGAUGAGAAUGAUUCGACUACAAUUCCGUAUUCCACUUCCAAUUUUCUGAGCCCUUCUCAAAAUGAUUUCUCCUUGGAUCAAACGCUAAACAGUCCGGGCUGUUUAGAUGAAUCGGGAUAUGUGCCAUGUUCACACAAUCCUAAUCAAGGGAAUCAACCACCUGCGACCUUUGUGAAGGUUUACAAAUCUGGAACCUACGGAAGGUCGCUCGAUAUCACUAGGUUUAGUAGCUAUCAUGAACUACGUAGAGAACUGGGGCGCCUAUUUGGCCUUGAGGGCCAGUUGGAAGACCCUUUGAGAUCAGGCUGGCAGCUUGUAUUCGUCGACCGGGAGGAGGAUGUCCUUCUCGUUGGUGACGACCCUUGGCAGGAAUUCGUGAACAGCGUAUUCUGCAUAAAGAUCCUCUCCCCGCAGGAGGUGCAGCAGAUGGGAAAGCAGGGCCUUGAGCUCUUGAGCUCGGCUCCUUCAAAGAGGCUAGGUAGCAGCUGCGACGACUAUGCGAGCAGGCAGGAAUCGAGAAGCCUGAGCACCGGGAUCGCAUCUGUUGGUUCAGUCGAAUUCUGAAAAUAGAAGGUGUCCGUAGCACCAGGGCAUAAUGCUCUUUCGCCUGCUGCAUAUGUUCCUGCACCCUUUUUUCCUCUAGUUUUUGAGAACUGGAACUGAAAGCACAUAGAUCAUGCCUAGCUUUUAAGUUUAAAGUUAUGUACCAUCUAAUAAUCAUUGUCAUGACAACUUUCAAGUAGAAACUGCCCCAAUCCCCCACCCCACCCUGGUCAACAUGGCAAAACUUUGUUCCAUGGAAUACUAAUCCUGUGAAUGUAGGCUCUUUAGUUAUCAACUCUUUGGUCA